AUUUUCUAUAAAAGGUAGUUUUUUUUAUGGUACUCACGAUCUUCAUUCGUUAGGGUUUAAAGAGGGGUAGAAGUAGGAGAGGAAGAGAGAGAGUACGAUUUCUGCUCAACCGUGGUUCAAUCAAAGCCUGAAUCUUGUUUGAGCUAUGGCUUUCUGGGGUAUUGAGGUGAAACCUUGGAAGCCUGUCGUCCAUUCAACCGAAAAGGCUCGAGGAAGGCUACGAGUCUCCCAGGCCACUCUGGGUAUCGGUGGUGCUAAGGAAAAGAGUAUAGUCCAGUGCAAUGUGGGUAAAAGAAGUCCAGUUCUACUCUGUGUUUUGCUUCCCAACCUAACCGAGUCUUGCCACCUGGAUCUGGAAUUUGAGGAGGCCGAUGAUGUUGUAUUUUCUGUUGUUGGCCCCCGAAGUGUGUACCUCACCGGCUAUUACGUCUCUAAAAGUCAACCGUCCAAUCCCCAUAGUGAUACAGAAUCAUAUGGCGUGGAUAUUGAAGAUAGCCUCACAGAAAAAUCAAGUUACGGUAGCGAAGAUGACAAAUACGAGGACAGUUUCAUUGAUGAUGACGAGAUAAAAUUUCGUUCACCAUCCCCUGUCUCAAGCAGCAAAGAGAUGGAUGAGGUGAAGAGCAGAAAGGGUUGUGGCAAGCGACUCAGGAAGAAAGCUCAGGUUGUUGAGUCAGAUGAUGAGGCUAACACAUGUGAAAGUGUAGAUGAAGAUGGCUGCCUUUUAUCUGUAUUUAUGAGUAAAAAAGAUGCAAAGAAAAAUUCCACCGAUGCUGGAUAUAUUGAUCAGGCAACAGUCCAAAAGGCUGAAAAUUUGGAAAACGGGGGUGUGAGUAGCAAAAAAUCAGAGAAAAAUGUUGAUUUUGAGGAUGAACAUGGAAAACCAGAAAGAGGAAAAACUCGAAGGAAGAGAAAAGACCACCCGGGAACUGAGAAGGCCUUUGAUGUUCAGGGUGAAGGCACAAAUUUGGAAGUUGGAGACUGUUUGUUACCUCCUCUAGAUUCAGUCUCUGAAGAUUGUGAAAAAUCAAAAAAGAGGAAAAAAGGACACCAGUUGAAGGGGACAUUCAGUGAUGGGCCUGACGUGAAAUGUCAUAAUAAGCAUGAUAGGCCAGCAGAAAAUGGCGAUCAGGAACAAAAAGUUGACAACACUGUCAGUACAAAAUCCGAGCUACUUGAUAAUGUUAACCAACCAGAGAAAAAAAUUAAGAAAAAGAAAAACAAGAAAACUCGAUUUCAAGGAGAUUCUGGCUUAGACUUGCCUAGCACAACAGAUGAUCAAAACAACACAUCCAUGAAAAUUGAGGAACAAACUGCACAUGAAAAUGAAAUGCGGAGUCCAAAGAGGACCUUAUCAAAUGGGUUGAUUAUUGAGGAGUUGACAAAAGGACCACUGGAUGGAAAAGUUGCUGCACCGGGAAAGAAGGUAAAAAUUUAUUACACUGCCAUGCUGAGGGAGAAUGGAAAUAUAAUUGACUCAAAUGUGGGCAAAAGUGCCUUCAAGUUCCGUUUAGGUCAAAUCAAAGGCUCUGUUCAUAUGUUUCAUGCUUUCAUUCUUCAUUCAGGUGAUGAGGGAAUUAUGGAAGGAUGGAAUCUUGGCAUCGAUGGUAUGCAUGUGGGUGACAAGAGACGACUCGUAAUCCCACCACCCAUAGGUUCCGGGAAACAUGGAGCCGUUGAGAAUGUGCCACCAGAUUCGUGGCUUGUGUAUGAUAUUGAAUUGGUUGGUGUCCGCAAACGUUAGAAGCCAACCUUGGAUUACAUGUAUCUCUCUCGCAUGAUGAACAUGGUCCAGACAUAAUUUGGGGCGGAUGAAGUUCUUUUAGUGUACCUGGUGUUAUGCUAAUUCUAAAUUCUGAGUUUUGAUAUUCAUGUUCAGGUUUUAUAACUAGCAACUUUUAUCUUUAUGAUUCUCGAUUUGUCAAAAGAUGUCAUAAGCAUACUAAUAGAUUGCCCGUGGCCAGACGUAGAAAUUAGGAAUCUCCAUCUCAAGGAAAAAAAAAAAACAACGAACUCAGUUGGAUUGAAUGGCUAACAAAAUCUAACCAUUAAUCUGUAAUACUUUCUAAAGGACAGCUACCAAUGUCUAAACUUUUCAGUUCUCCAACAAUGUUUGGUGAUUUCUUAAUCUAUGUGAAGUAAAACCAGCCUAUUUUAUUAAAGACAUUUUCAACACAUUAUGUGAUAUCCCCUGUCCAUUUUCUUACCCAGUUCUUUUGUUGAAAACGCCAAAAUGUAGCAUUAAUGACAGUUCAUAGAAUCAUAAAAAACACAUAAAAACGCAACAGAAAGACCCAUGUUUCUAGUACAGAUGUCUCAACACCACCAUAUUAAAUAAUAGUGCAUGAAGAUUCAAGUUGGAUGUAACAAAUGUCAUUGAAGUGCCAUCAGACAACAAAAACACAAACUGGCAGUCGUCUACCGCUCAAGAUAUAAAUAGGUAGGGCAAGGGAAGUCAGAAGCUGCUGGACAUUAGUCUUUCCUAAGCUCCAUGA